AUGUGUGAGAGUGAAAGGAAACCCAAGCACGGGAAGGAGCCUGCCCCUGCUCAGCAAAGCCCUGGAAGAACAGGAGCAGCACAUCACUCUGGUGGCAAGGUGAUGCGGCUCAGGGUCCUGCUCUUGGACAACACAUAUGAAGUGUUUGAAGUGGAGAACCAGCCAGGCUGCGGCUUCCAUGCUCUAACGGGUCAUCGCCUCCAGCGGUAUCCAAAGCAAAAAGCGACUGGGAAGAUCCUGUUUGGUUGCAUCUGCCAACACCUGAGGCUGGUUGAGGAGGAUUACUUCGGUGUGGAGUUUGGCAAUCGCCAUGGGAACAUGGUUUGGUUGGAUCCCCUAAAACCCAUUUUCAAACAAAUCAGGGGUGAGAAGAAUGUUCUGUUCCAGUUUGUAGUGAAGUUCUUCCCACCAGAUCCCAGCCAGCUGAAGGAGGAACUGACAAGAUAUUUGUUUGCUCAGCAAGUCAAAAGAGACCUGGUUGCCAGGAGACUCCACUGCAAUGACAACAGUGCUGCUCUGUUACUAUCCCACAUCAUCCAGACUGAGAUUGGUAACUUUGAUGAAGAAUUGGACCUAGCACAUCUGAAAUCUGAGAUCUACCUUCCAACCCAGGAACUACUGAUUCAUAAGAUCAUGAAGUUUCACCAGAAACUUGUUGGACUGACCUCAGCUGAAUGUGACACCUCUCUGCUGGACACUGCACGGAAGCUGGAGAUGUACGGCAUCAGGCUGCAUCCAGCCAAUGAUGGAGAAGGAACAGAAAUCAACUUGGCUGUCUCUCACAUGGGCAUCUUGGUCUUUCAGGGCAAAAUUAAGAUUAAUACAUUCAACUGGGCCAAGAUACGCAAGCUGAGCUUUAAGAAGAAAUAUUUCCUCAUCAAGCUCCAUUCUAACAUUAACACAUCCUGUCUUUGAAAAUCACAGACUUCUUCCAGUAAGGACUCCUUGGAAUUCCUGAUGGAAAGCCGUGAUACAUGCAAGCACUUCUGGAAGACGUGCGUUGAAUAUCACACGUUCUUCAGGCUCCCUGAAGAACCCAGGUCAAAGGCCAGGUCCUUACUGUGCAGCAAAGGUUCUGGCUUUCGGUACAGUGGAAGAACCCAGAAGCAACUAGUGGAGUACAUGAGCAAAGGAGACUUCAAGAAAGCAGCCUUUGAAAGGAGACCAUGCCUCGUACAAACUGAAGAACAUUCUGUUCCAAGGCAGCAGAGACAGGAACAGACACAUAAUCAUCGCGAGAGUGGUCCAUCAAAUCCAAAAGUUAGAGGCCAACAGAAGGCAGUGCGAAGAGAGAGGAAGGAGCCAACAGUGGAGAUAGUGUUCACUGCUGAGCUUGAGAGGUCCAAACCUGAGGCUGACCCUUCAUCGGAUGUUCUUUCAGGCAUGGACACCUCCAUUAUCUACACUGGUGGCAGUGACACAGAGGUUAAGGAGGACACAGCCCCAUUGCAAAGGCACCCACAACCAUUCCAGGCACUCAGAAUUCAAAGGAACACUGGCAUAGGAAAUCAGACUGAUGGGAAUUUCUCUAGAUCCAGGACAACUAGCCAGCACAUUGAUGAUGCUUUCACAAAUUCACCCAACUGUUUGUUUCUCAAGGUACAGAAAGCUCCUUCAGCGAUGGACAGGAUUGUUCGGCCUUCUGGUGUGGCUCGCCCGGUUAGCCUGCCUGCGCGCAGUGGCUUAGCCAAAUAUGACCUUUACCAACAGUCUAUGAUGAGAAGUAGCUACAGCAACAGUCUCAACGUAGUGAAGGAGGAAGAAACCCACUCAGAAGGUGGCCUGCAGCCUCCCAGACGAUCACACAGCCAGUCAGACAUGAAGGCCCUUGGCCUAGAUUGUGCACCAGAGUUACAGCCAUUAGUUCAUUACCUGCCAUUGAAUUGGAGGCAGAAUCCCAAUAAACUGAGGCCUGCACAUCCAGCCCAUGUUGCCCUCCAGCAGAAGGAAGCUAUCAGGGCAACCGAGAGAUACAUCAGCAGCGGCACUGAGUCCAGUGACUCGGACUCAGAGAUCAUUAGCCCCUACUUCCACCCGUGUCUCUUUGGCAAAGCUCUCCAAUCUUCAGUGCCGAGGAGGGGCUGCUUUCCCUCAAUCAGCCUUCAACCAAGGGAAAAUGCCUCAUUUGAUCUGAACUGCAAAGACAAUACCAGACACUUGACCAUCUACACUGAAUUCAUUUAGUCUUGGGUCUCUGAGAACCCAUGCUCUUGGCCAGUGUAGGGAGUUCUAGAACUGGUCACACAUGCCACGAGGUAGGGACCUGUGCAUUGUACUAUUUGUGCUUACUUCCCUCAAUACAUUCUGGAUCACUCUUGCACCAAUGGCUCAUUCAAGGAUUAGCUAAGAUUCAGCCACUGUGUAUCCUAUUCCCCUUGAUUCACCAUACCCAAAGUUACUGCCACAUAAUGAAGGUGACUGUGAUGUGAUUAGCCUUGGGGAGGGUUGUAGGCUGUUACCCAGAGCUGGCCUUUAAAUUAAAGCCACAUAAAUUGACUCAACUCUGAUUCCACAGGCUACAUUGCACAGAGGUGGGCUGAGGGUUAGUUACAUUGCAGCUGGGAUAUAUAAUCCAGGCCACUUCAGGACAGACUGUCACAACAUUAUGAAAAGUUGGUGUAUGAACCUCUCCAGAUAUCCAGUGCUGAGACGAGAUUCCUAGUCAGGCAGGGGAUAAGUUCCAAACCAAGUUCUUGCUGUCUUGUUUAAACUCCAGUGUCAAUUUAACUUUAAUCAAGGAGAACAUGAGUCUGAGCAGUAAUAAACACACUUCACUGUAUUCCUUUUGAUACUUGGUUUAUUUAACAGUUUGGUAUGGAGUAGCUGAUUUCAUACUUUGAGUUGCCAGUAGGCUGUGGUGGAGCAUGUAUGUCCCUCUGUGGGGUAACCCACCUAUUUAUGGGCUUAAGUAAACAUUUAAAUCAACCUGCCUGCCCCACACAUUGGAGUAACUGGGCUGAUUGGUCCUGUUAAUAAAACCUGGUUUGCUAUGAACUGCAUUUUUAAGUUGGAUGGGAUCUGGCCAGUGGUAUCAACGUAAUGUUGGAAACAGCUGAAAACAUUUGCACAGCAAGCUCACAUAAAUGUGAUGACCUCCAGACAGCCCCAUUGCUCCUGGUACUUUUUGCAAAAUAAAUAUUGUGCAGGGUAACGAGGAGAUAUAUCAGACUCCUCUUGAAAAUUAUAUCCUGGGUUUGCUCGAGUCCACCUGAGGGGUUAGAUAGGGUCUCCAUCUAUCUGGAUGAUGGCCCCUCCUCCAUCGGUGAGCUGAAAUGUGUGUGGGAUUCAUGAACACGAGGCUCUGGAGUUGAUCAAUCCUCAUCAUUCAGAUCCAGAGGUGAACGUGCUACCAGUCAUUGACAGUUGGGCAAGAUACCACAUCUGGAAUUUUAUGUGCAGUUUUGGUUGUCGAGCUAGUUGGAAGGAGUUAAUUAAACUGGAAAGGGUGCAGAACACAUUCACGUAGAUGUUGCUGGAAUCGAAGGGUUUGAGUUGAGGGAGAAACUGGAUAGGCUGGAACUAUUCCUCUGGAGCCCAGGAGGGUUAACAAUGCUAUAAUAGAGAUCUAUAAAGUCAUGAGGAGCACAGGUAAGGACAGUUGUAUUCCUCAGGGUGGAGGAGUUUAAAACUAGAGGGCUUAGUUGAGAGGAAAAAAUAAUUAAAGAGAACCUGAGUGGCAGGUUAAUUUCAACAGGCGGCGAGUAGAUGAGCUGUGAGAGGAAGUGGUUCAGGUGGGUAUAAUUCCAAUGUUUAAGAGAGGUAUAUGGAUUGGAAAGAUUUAGAGGGACGUGCCAAAUGCAGGAAAAUGGUACUAACUCUGGUAGACAACUUGGUCCAGGAAAGGUGGGACCUGAAAUGGAGAGGUACUAAUACCCUUGCAGGAAAAUUUGUUAUUGCUCCACGGUGGGGUUUAAACUAGAGAUGCAGGGGAAUGGGAAACAUAGAGCCAGAACAGUUAGUGGAGAGGUUGUGGAGGCAGAUGUUGGUAAGACAACAAAGUCAGGAAUCAAACAGUUGAACAUGGUGCGACUAGUGUCGUGAGCCACCUAUAUUUCAUAGGAAAGGCAGAUGUGCUCAGGACAUGGAUCAACACCUGGAAUUAUGGUGUCAUAGCCAAUAGUGAAACUUGGAUGCAGGAGGGGCAGGACUGGCAGCUCAGUAUUCCAGGUACCAUUGUUUUAGACGAGACAGAGCAGGAAGGAUGGAGUUCCUAGUCAGGGAAAAUGUCACGGCAGUGCUCCAUCAGGACAGACUGGAGAACUUGUCUAGUGAGGCUUUCUGUGUGGAACCGAGAAAUAAGAAAGGUAUGACCAUGUUAAUGGGGCUAUGUUACAGACAACCCACUGUCUCAUGGAUUUAAAGGAAAAAAUUUGUAAAGAAUAAUUGUUGCAAGAAAGGUUGUUAUAGUUGGUGAUUUUAACUUUCCACAUACUGACUGAGAAUCCCAUAUUGUAAAAAGACAAGAUGGGAUGGAGUUUGUCAAAUGUGUUCAGGAAAGUUUUCUUUAUCAGUAUGUAGAAGUCUCAACGAGAGAGUGUGCAAUACUGAUUCUAUUAGGGAAUAAGACAGGGCAGGUGACUGUGUGUAGGGGAACACUUUGCAUCCAGUGACCACAAUGCCAUUAGUUUCAAAGUAAAUAUGCAAAGAGAAAAAAGGAAGAGUACAGCAGGUAUACGCAAGUAGGAACAAAUUAGCUGCUUAUGGAGUAUAAGCAAUGCAAGAGAACACUUAAAGAAAUCAGGAAGGCUAAAAGAAGGUAUGAAGUUGCUCUAGUAGAUAAGGUGAAGGCAAAUCCUAAGCAAUUCUACAGGUACUCGAUGUUCAGAGCAAAAGGAUUGCUAGGGACAAAAUUGGUCCUCUGGAAGACCAGAAUGGUAUUUCAUGUGUGGAGCCAAAACAGAUGGAGAGAUGUUAAAUGCAUUGCUUUUUGCAAUCUGUAUUUACCCAAGAGACAAAUACAGAAUCUAUAGAAGUGAGGUAAAGUGGCAUCUACUCCAUAGACCCUGCACAGAUUACAGAGGAGGAUGUGCUUGCUAACCUGAGGCAAAUCAGGGUGGAUCGAUCUCCAGGGUCUGACUAAGUGUCCCCUCUGAUCCUACAACAGUGCAAGUGCUGACGUCUUCCGGGCCUUAGUAGAUAUUUAAAACAUCCUUAGCAACAGGGGAGGUAUUGAAGGAUUGGAGGAUAGCCAAAGUUUUUUUUUGCUGUUUAAAAAAGGCUCUAAACAUAUACCAGGAAAUUAUAGUCCAGUGAAUCUGACAUCAGUUGUGGGAAAGUUAUUGGAAGGUAUUCUAAAGGACAUGGAUAGACACGGACUGAUAGUCAGCAUUGCUUUGUGCGUGGUAGGUCAUGUCUAACAGAGUUUUUUUUUUGAUGAAGUUACCAGGAAAGUGGACGAAGGCAAGGCUGUGGAUGUUGUCUACGUGGACUGCAGUAAGGCAAUAGACAAAGUCUCACUUGGGAGGCUGCUCAAGAAGAUUCAGUUGCUCAGCAUUCAGGAUGAGGUAGUUUACUACCAUGGAUUAGACAUCAUCUUUCUGGGAGAAGACAGAGAGUGGUAGGAGAGGGUUGCCUCUCUGACUAGGGGCCUGUGACUACUGGUAUGGUGCAGGGACCAAUGCAAGAUCAGCAAAUUGGUGAAUGACACCAAGACUGGGUGUGCAUUGGAAGUAGGGAAGGCUAUCAUGGCUUGCAGAGGGAUCUUCAUCAGCUGGAAAAAUGGGCUGACAAAUGGCAGACGGAAUUUAAUGCAGACAAAUCUGAGAUGUUGCACUUUGGGAGAACCAACCAGGGUAAUUCUUACACAACAAGUGAUAGGGCACUAGGAGUGGGGUAGAACAAAAAGAUCUGGGAGUACAGGUACACAAUUUGUUGAAAGUGGCAUCACAAGUAGAUAGGGUUUAAAGAAAGCUUUUGGCAUAUUGGUCUUCAUAAAUCAAUGGAUUGAGUAUAGAAGAUGGGAUAUUAUGUUGAAGUUGUAUAAGACAUUGGUGAGGCCAAAUUUGGAGUAUUAUGUGCAGUUUUGGUCACCUACCUACAGGAUAUAUGUAAACAAGGUUGAAAGAGCGCAGAGAAAAUUUACAAGGAUGUUGGAUGUUGCUGAGUUAUAGUGAAAGAUUGAAUAGGUUAGGAUUGUAUUCUUUAAAACGUAAAAGACUGAGGAGAUUUGAUAGAGGUAUGCAAAAUUAUGAGGACUAUAGAUAGGGUAAAUGCAAGCAGGCCUUUUCCACUGAGUUUGUGUGGGACUACAACCAGAGGUUAUGGCUUAAGAGUAAAAGGUGAGAAGUUUAAGGGGACAAUGAGGGUGAUGAGAGUGUGGAAUGAACUGCCUGCACAAGUGGCCCAUGCAAGCUCCAUUUCAAUGUUUAAGAAAAGUUUGGAAAGGUACAUGGAUAGUAGGGGUAUGGAGGGCUAUGGUCCCACUGCAGGUCGAUGGAAGUAGGCAGUUCAGAUUUUUCUGGCAUUGAUUAGAUGGGCCAAAGGG